AAACAUGGCAUAUUUGAUACGAUUAACACAAGUAGUUUUUGUCAGCAUUUGUGACGUCAAAUUUUAAAUGAUCCUCCCAUUCUUUCAUCGAACCUCCAUAAAAACUUAACCUACACAUUCGUAUUGGCCUCUCUGAUCGGUUCUUUCGCCCACCCAUUUGACAUUUUUCCAUUUUUCCUUCUUAAAAUACAAUAAAACCCACAUCCCUUCCUUCCCUUUUUCCCUUCUCGAUCGCCACAUACAGCCAAUAAGCGCCUGGAUCUGUUUCCUCCUUUCUGGGUCUUCAGCUCUUGGCGGGUUUUGCUCAGAUAAGUGAUUUUGCUUCUUCGUUGAUUGUUGAUUGUGUUUUGCUUUGAAGGGUUUUUUCUCUUAUCUUCCCCCUUUUCCAGUUUAAUCGCUCUUAUCAAAUGUUUGAAGGGUUUCUCUUGGUUCUUUCGGUUUCUGGGCAAAUGGGGUUUGUUUGAAAGAAAUUUCCUAUUGUCUAGUUGAGAAAUUUCGACGUGGGUUUGCUUGAUUUUUCCGUCUUGUAAUCUUAGGGAUGAGUAUUUGGUGAUUUAAUAGUUUAAAGAUCAUAUGGAAGAUGGGAUUCUGGGGUAUGUGUUUUUAAGUAUGAGGUGAAAUGUUCUUUUGACAUAUAUGGAAGGGAAUUUAUCACAAGGAGGGUUGAUUCCAGGAGGGACUUCUUAUGGAGGUCUUGAUUUGCAAGGACCGUUUAAGGUUCAUAAUCAGGGACAGCACUCUCAUGCCUUACAUCAGCAUCAUCAUCCUCAUACUCGUCAGGGAUCUUCAGCUAAUCCUUCCAUUCAGGAGGGAUUUUCACUUUCCAUGGGAGUUGUAGGAAAUUGUGACCAUACCAUGCCUUUGGUAGAGUAUAACAAGGGAGAAAGGUGUAAAAACUCCGCUAGUGACGAAGAGCCGAGUUUUACUGAGGAUGGUGUUGAUGGUCAUAACGAGAAUAGUAAGGGGAAGAAGGGAUCAAUGUGGCAUCGCGUGAAAUGGACAGAUAAAAUGGUGAAGCUUCUGAUUACAGCAGUGUCUUAUAUAGGAGAUGAUAUUGGGUCAGAUCUUGAUGGGGGUGGAAGAAAGAAAUGCCAAAUUAUACAGAAGAAAGGUAAAUGGAAACUGAUAUCAAAGGUCAUUGCUGAAAGGGGUUAUCAAGUUUCACCCCAGCAAUGUGAGGAUAAAUUUAAUGAUCUUAAUAAGAGAUAUAAGAGGCUCAAUGAUAUAAUUGGGAGAGGCACUUCUUGUCAGGUUGUUGAGAACCCUGCCCUUCUUGAUGUCAUUGAUUAUUUGACAGACAAAGAGAAGGAUGAUGUGAGGAAAAUUUUAAACUCAAAGCAACUGUUCUAUGAGGAGAUGUGUUCUUAUCAUAAUUCAAAUCGACUUCAUCUGCCCCAUGAUCCUGCUUUGCAGCGUUCUUUGCAGCUGGCUUUUAGAGCAAGGGAUGAUCAUGAUAAUGACGAGCCAAGGAGACAUCAAAAUGAUGAUUUUGAUGAACAAGAACAUGGUGAAACUGAUGAACAUGAUGAUUUUGAGGAAAAUUUUUUACCCCAUACGGACAAUAGGCGAUCACUUGGGGUAUUAGGAGGGUCAGUGAAGAGGCUAAAACGAGGCCAAGACCAUGAUGAUGCUCAUGCCUGUGGUAAUUCCUUGAGUUCUCUUGAUUGCAACAAAAGUUCUCAUGGUCACUCACAAGCACCAUUUGCUCAAGCUGAUACAGCUCAUUUAGAAACUGAAAGUAUGAAAGCUUCUACAUCGCAAAAGCAGUGGAUGGAGCUUCGCUUACUUCAAUUGGAAGAGCAGAAGCUUCAAAUUCAAGUUGAAAUGUUGGAACUGGAGAAACAGAAGUUCAAGUGGGAUAGAUUUAACAAGAAAAAGGACCGUGAGUUGGAAACAAUGAGGAUGGUAAAUGAGAGGAUGAAGCUUGAAAACAAGCGCCUUGCACUUGACUUAAAGCAAAAGCAAAUUGGAUCAGGAUUUCAUUAAUUGGCUGCUAUGAUCUGAACUAAUUCUAUCAGGUUGGAAGAUUUGCUUUUAAUUAAGCCACUACUUUGAAUCGUAAAGCUGCUGUUGUUUAUAUAUUUCUGGUUAUGCGAGUAAUGAGUUAGAGUUCUAUUCGAGUACUUUUAUUUUUUACAUUGCUUACAUCUAGCAUGUAAAGUUAGAAAGGUGACAAUACAAAUUGCUGCUUUUCACUGUUUUCCCUUUAUUUAUGUGGAAUCUAUCUUGGUUGAGUAACCUGAAAAAUGGUCGGAUAUUUUGUGUCAAAUUGAUGCCAUUUCUCUGAA